CUGGUGCCUGUAUGCUGAUAACCUGCUUCUAUUAGUUACCUAUUGUGGGGGUCGAAAUAUCUACAGGCCCUGACACAGAAAUUUCCCACUUAGACAAUAAUUACAACCCAGUUUUUCUACCACCACAGUGCAGUGUGUGUGUGGCUGUUCCAGUCCCGUCACUACCUUACCUACCAGCUAUCUUAUUUGCGGCAUCCUUUCAUGGGCCAUUCGCGCCUUGAUCGCCAUUUUGCGUCUCAAAUUCGAAGGGAGUUGUAUGAGUACAAGCUCUCAUUAGCUGGCGGUUCUCAGUUACAAGGACUCUACUUCAAGGCGUCGAGGGCGGCCGUGAAGUGGGAUCAAAGUUGCAGCCCGACUGAUCGAGGGCCGUCGCACUCACAGCACUUGGAGAAGGCGUUUAGGGCACUGGAGAGGGGGAAAGCCCGCAGCUUACUUGACUUAAUGGCGGUUGGAACAUUGAUGUAUGCCGGAUUUGCACCGUCCGAACUUCGCGAGUGGGAUGAGUACAGGCAGACUAGCGCCUGCAUUGCCGCCAAGCGUGGUGUGCUUCGACAGCUAUAUGGAUCAGAACACCCCGAUAAGGACAGAAUCAACAAGUUGGAGGCAGACAUUUCGGAGGCUACACAGAGACAGAAUCGACAAGAGGAAUGCCUAUUCGCCGAAAAGUCCCCUUUAGCCCGGAGUUUCGUCACCACUUCAGGUUACUGACACCCAAACGCUCCGAUUCAACAUCAACAAGGAUACAGCUGUCCCAGAGUACUCAUACCGAGACGAUGACUUCAUCGCAUUAACUGUAGAAGGCGUCACAGAGA